AUGAAGUUCACUACUGCUAUUGCUACUGCAAUCCUUGCCGGCAGCGCCCUCGCUGCCCCUGAACGCGGCCUCGCAGCUCGUGUCAAAGCUCGUGCAGCUGGUGCUCGGGGUUCUCGUCCCCUCCAGACUGUCCAGAAGCCAGCAGGCGUGACCAACAAGACGAAUGUUGAGUACAGUUCCAACUGGUCCGGCGCUGUCCUGGAGAACCCUCCCUCUGCUUCUGCUACCUACACCGCAGUAACCGGUACCUUCACGGUCCCUGAGCCUACUGGUGGAUCCGGCAGUUCUUCUGCUUCGGCGUGGGUGGGUAUUGAUGGAGACACCUACAGCGAGGCCAUCCUCCAGACCGGUGUCGACUUUACUGUGACAAAUGGCCAGGCCUCCUUCGAUGCUUGGUACGAGUGGCUGCCCGACUAUGCUUAUGACUUCACCGGCAUCGACAUCUCAGCGGGCGAUGUGAUUGUUGCCAUCGUCGAGUCGUACUCCUCCACCAGUGGAAUUGCCAUCAUCGAGAACCAAAGCACUGGCCAGAAGGUCACCAAAGAACUCAGUUCUUCCUCGCCCCUUGGCGGUAUCAAUGCUGAGUGGAUCGUCGAAGAUUACGAGGAAAAUGGCUCUUUGGUUGACCUGGUUGACUUUGGCACCGUUACCUUCACUGGUGCCGAAGCAAAGGCUGCUGGUGGUCAGACUGUCGGUCUGACUGAUGCUACCAUCAUCGAAAUCACCCAGAACAACAAGGUUGUGACCGAUGUGACCAUUGACAGCGACUCCGAGGUUACCAUUACCUACGUUUAA